GACAAAAAAGCUUGAAAACCGAAAGGAAGAAAAGUCAUAUAAACCGAAAGAAAUAAGCAGCUAAUUUCAACAACAAUUCCGCAAAAUAUCAUCGAGCGUUAGGGUUUACACUUUACAGCAUCUCGCAAAUGCGACCUAAUUGUUGCCACAUUUCGGUGGCUUUCCUUCUCAAAUUCCUAAACUUCCUUCAAUCAUUCAUUGGGGUCUCAAUUGUAUUGUACUCCGUAUGGAUGCUCAGUCAAUGGAAUCAACACAUUCCUAUCCCUCCACCACCUUCAGCUCCCUCUCCAGAUCAGUCUCUUUACAUUCUCUCCGAUUCACACUCGCAAAUACAUACGCUUAGGGUUUCUGAUGGCGGGAUAGCCUCCUCGAAUUUAGCAACGCAUCUGGUUUCUGGGUUCGAUGAUCAAUUUGGGUUCGAAUUGUUGAAUUCUCUCCAGCUUCCGGCCCCCUGGUUCAUCUACGCUUUUAUGGGAGUGGGCAUUUUAUUGUGUUGCAUUACUUUCAUUGGUUGCAUUGCAGCUGAAGCUAUAAAUGGCUGUUGCCUUUGUUUUUAUACCCUACUAAAAACUGUCCUCAUUCUACUAGAAGCAGCUUUAGUGGCAUUCAUUGCAAUUGAUCGCCAUUGGGAAAAGGAUCUGCCAGUGGACCCGACUGGGGAACUUGAAAGCCUCCGAUCUUUCAUUGAAAACAAUGUUGAUAUAUGUAAAUGGGUUGGCAUUAGUGUGCUUGUAAUUCAGGUAUUCUCUCUAUUACUAGCAAUGAUUCUACGAGCCAUGAUUUCUACUCGAAGAACUGAUACCGAUGGCGAGGAUGAUUACGAGAAUGUUAGGGAUAAAACAAGGGAGCCACUUCUGCAUUCUCGUUCUAGUCAAGCAUCUGGCUCUACUGCAACUCACUCUUAUGUCUGGAGCUCACGGAUGAGAGAAAAGUAUGGAUUGAACAGUGGUGAUAAGACACAUUUAUUAAAUCAGAAUGCCACGGUGAGCAUGAAAUCCAUCUAAUUGAGAUCAUCUCUCUUUCCAUCUCGCAAAAUAGAAAAGAAGGCAGCAAGUGUGCUCUGUGAAUUUAGAGUGGUUCCGAGUGUGAAUUUCGACUGGUUCGAGUGUAAAUGGCACUGCUCCAUAUCACUCCUAGCAUUUCUGUUGGGAAGUUAUGAUAUGUAUAUAGGUGUUGGCGUAGUUGGCUGAAAUGCUUUGUACGGAUUGACCAAAGACCUGGUUGGAACUUGGAUGUGAAGGGUAAUGACUUUGUAACUGGAUGAAGCUUCUGAUUUUGCUGUGUACUGUGUUCUUGUUUGAAGUGAUACCAUGUUUAUGCAUAUGCUUCUUGGAGGUGAAAA